AUGGCAGGAAACAGCCUUGUUCUGCCCAUCGUCCUCUGGGGUCGCAAAGCACCAACACAUUGCAUCUCAGCAGUACUUUUAACAGAUGAUGGGGCCACAAUUGUAACUGGAUGUCAUGAUGGACAGAUAUGUCUCUGGGAUCUUUCAGUAGAAUUGGAAAUUAACCCCCGAGCACUGUUAUUUGGUCACACAGCUUCAAUCACUUGUUUAUCUAAAGCUUGUGCUUCUAGUGACAAGCAGUACAUUGUGAGUGCAUCUGAAAGUGGAGAGAUGUGUCUCUGGGAUGUGAAUGAUGGCAGAUGUAUUGAAUUUACAAAAUUAGCCUGCACUCAUACUGGCAUACAGUUCUACCAAUUUUCUGUUGGAAGUCAGCGAGAAGGAAGGCUCUUAUGCCAUGGUCAUUACCCUGAAAUCCUUGUUGUGGAUGCCACCAGCCUUGAGGUGUUAUACUCCUUAGUUUCAAAGAUAUCGCCAGAUUGGAUUAGCUCCAUGAGUAUUAUUCGAUCCCACCGAACACAAGAGGACACUGUGGUAGCACUCUCAGUGACGGGUAUCUUGAAAGUGUGGAUUGUCACCUCUGAAACAAGCGGUAUGCAGGAUACUGAGCCAAUAUUUGAGGAGGAAUCCAAACCAAUUUACUGUCAAAAUUGUCAAAGCAUCUCUUUUUGCGCUUUCACACAAAGGUCACUUUUGGUUGUGUGCUCCAAAUAUUGGAGGGUAUUUGAUGCUGGCGACUAUUCCCUGUUGUGUUCAGGUCCUAGUGAAAAUGGACAGACAUGGACUGGAGGGGACUUUGUAUCAGCAGAUAAAGUAAUCAUUUGGACUGAAAAUGGGCAAAGUUAUAUUUAUAAACUACCUGCCAGUUGCCUUCCAGCUAGUGAUUCAUUCCGCAGUGAUGUGGGCAAAGCAGUUGAAAAUUUAAUUCCUCCUGUACAACAUAGACUCUUGGAUCGAAAAGAUAAAGAGUUGCUAAUUUGUCCUCCUGUUACUCGGUUCUUCUAUGGAAGUAGAGAUUAUUUUCAUAAACUAUUAAUUCAGGGUGAUUCUUCUGGAAGAUUGAAUAUUUGGAACAUUUCAGACACAUCUGAUAGACAGGAUGGUGAAACAGGGUUGGAAAUGACAACUUCUGUUAGUUUGCAAGAGGCAUUUGAUAAACUGAAUCCCUGUCCUGCGGGAAUUAUAGACCAGCUGAGUGUGAUGCCCAACAGUAAUGAGCCUCUUAAAGUAACUGCAAGUGUGUACAUCCCCGCCCAUGGACGGCUCGUCUGUGGCCGUGAAGACGGAAGCAUCAUCAUUGUACCUGCCACACAGACGGCCAUCGUCCAGCUGCUGCAAGGCGAGCACAUGCUCAGAAGAGGUUGGCCCCCUCACAGGACACUCCGUGGUCAUCGGAACAAAGUCACAUGUUUGCUAUAUCCUCAUCAGGUCUCAGCUCGUUAUGAUCAGAGAUACCUGAUAUCUGGAGGUGUGGACUUUUCAGUCAUCAUUUGGGACAUAUUUUCUGGAGAAAUGAAACAUAUCUUCUGUGUUCAUGGUGGUGAGAUUACUCAACUUCUAGUUCCACCCGAAAACUGCAGUGCAAGAGUGCAGCAUUGCAUCUGCUCUGUAGCCAGUGACCAUUCAGUAGGACUUCUAAGUUUGCGAGAGAAAAAAUGCAUCAUGCUGGCUUCUCGUCACCUUUUCCCUAUUCAAGUAAUCAAAUGGAGGCCUUCUGAUGAUUACCUAGUAGUGGGAUGUUCAGAUGGCUCCGUGUAUGUCUGGCAAAUGGAUACUGGAGCACUGGAUCGUUGUGUGAUGGGGAUCACAGCAGUCGAGAUCCUGAACGCGUGUGAUGAAGCAGUUCCUGCUGCAGUUGAUUCACUCAGUCACCCAGCGGUCAACCUGAAGCAAGCGAUGACGAGACGUAGUCUUGCUGCUCUCAAAAACAUGGCCCACCACAAGCUACAAACCCUCGCAACUAACCUCUUGGCCUCCGAGGCAUCGGACAAGGGGAAUUUGCCUAAAUAUUCUCACAACUCCCUGAUGGUUCAAGCAAUAAAGACAAACCUAACAGAUCCGGACAUACAUGUGCUUUUCUUUGAUGUGGAAGCGUUGAUUAUUCAACUUCUGACUGAAGAAGCCUCUAGGCCGAAUACUGCGCUUAUUUCCCCAGAGAAUUUGCAAAAAGCAUCUGGCAGUUCAGACAAAGGGGGCUCUUUCCUAACUGGAAAACGAGCAGCAGUUCUCUUCCAACAAGUGAAAGAAACUAUCAAAGAGAACAUAAAGGAGCACCUCCUUGAUGAUGAAGAAGAGGAUGAGGAGAUAAUGAGGCAAAGAAGGGAAGAAAGUGAUCCUGAAUAUCGUGCCAGCAAGUCUAAGCCACUGACUCUAUUAGAAUACAAUUUAACCAUGGACACUGCAAAACUGUUCAUGUCCUGUCUUCAUGCCUGGGGUUUGAAUGAAGUUCUGGAUGAAGUGUGUCUCGAUCGCCUUGGAAUGCUGAAGCCCCAUUGCACAGUGUCCUUUGGGCUCUUAUCAAGAGGAGGCCAUAUGUCACUGAUGCUUCCUGGUUAUAAUCAAGCCGCUUGUAAACAUUCACAGGGAAAAGCAGAAGUAGGAAGGAAGCUUCCAGCAACCGAGGGAUUAGGAAAGGGAACUUACGGAGUGUCGCGAGCUGUCACCACCCAACACCUCCUCUCCAUCAUAUCUUUGGCAAAUACUCUAAUGAGUAUGACCAAUGCAACUUUUAUUGGUGACCAUAUGAAGAAGGGCCCUACCAGGCCACCUCGACCAAGCACCCCAGACCUUUCAAAGGCCAGGGGUUCUCCUCCAACUUCCAGUAAUGUUGUGCAAGGACAGAUUAAACAAGUUGCUGCACCUGUCGUUUCCGUUCGGCCUGAGGCUGAUCACUCUGGCUCUGACCCCGCUUCCACUCCUGCUUUACAUACCUGUUUCUUAGUAAAUGAAGGAUGGAGUCAGUUGGCUGCUAUGCAUUGCGUCAUGUUGCCAGACCUGCUGGGAUUGGAUAAGUUUAGGCCUCCCCUUCUAGAGAUGCUGGCUCGGAGAUGGCAAGAUCGAUGCCUGGAGGUAAGAGAAGCUGCACAAGCCCUCCUUCUAGCAGAGCUGAGAAGAAUUGAGCAGGCAGGCCGGAAGGAAGCCAUAGAUGCCUGGGCUCCUUAUUUACCUCAGUACAUGGACCAUGUCAUAUCACCUGGAGUCACAGCAGAAGCCAUGCAGACUAUCACCACUGCCCCAGACGCCUCGGGGCCAGAAGCCAAAGUCCAGGAGGAAGAGCAUGACCUUGUCGAUGAUGACAUCACUGCUGGUUGUUUAUCAAGUGUCCCACAAAUGAAAAAAAUUUCCACUUCUUACGAGGAAAGACGGAAGCAGGCUACUGCUAUUGUUUUACUUGGAGUAAUAGGAGCAGAAUUUGGUGCUGAAAUUGAACCUCCUAAACUGUUGACCAGACCUCGAAGUUCUAGUCAGAUUCCUGAGGGAUUUGGUUUAACUAGCGGUGGAUCCAACUACUCACUGGCCAGACAUACUUGUAAGGCGCUGACAUUUCUUCUGCUACAGCCGCCGAGCCCCAAACUUCCUCCACACAGCACUAUCCGAAGAACAGCCAUCGAUCUGAUUGGACGAGGUUUCACAGUUUGGGAGCCUUACAUGGAUGUGUCUGCCGUCCUGAUGGGGCUUCUCGAACUUUGUGCCGAUGCCGAGAAACAGCUUGCCAACAUCACAAUGGGGCUGCCUCUGAGCCCAGCAGCUGACUCCGCCCGUUCUGCAAGGCAUGCGCUCUCACUCAUUGCCACGGCCAGACCACCCGCCUUCAUCACCACCAUAGCCAAAGAGGUGCACAGGCAUACGGCUCUUGCGGCAAAUACCCAAUCACAGCAGAAUAUACAUACUACAACUCUUGCACGAGCUAAAGGAGAAAUUCUUAGAGUCAUUGAAAUUCUCAUCGAAAAGAUGCCCACAGAUGUUGUGGAUCUUCUUGUGGAGGUUAUGGACAUCAUUAUGUACUGCCUUGAAGGAUCUUUAGUUAAGAAGAAAGGUCUUCAAGAAUGUUUCCCAGCCAUCUGCAGGUUCUACAUGGUCAGCUAUUAUGAGCGGAAUCACAGGAUAGCAGUUGGAGCUCGCCAUGGUUCAGUGGCCCUGUACGACAUCCGGACUGGAAAAUGUCAGACAAUCCAUGGGCACAAGGGACCAAUCACUGCAGUGGCCUUUGCUCCUGAUGGGCGAUAUCUUGCUACCUACUCGAACACUGACAGCCAUAUUUCUUUCUGGCAGAUGAACACGUCACUGCUGGGGAGCAUCGGCAUGUUGAACUCGGCCCCUCAGCUGCGCUGCAUUAAGACCUACCAGGUGCCCCCUGUGCAGCCGGCCUCCCCCGGCUCCCACAAUGCCCUCCGACUGGCCCGGCUCAUCUGGACUUCCAACCGCAACGUCAUCCUCAUGGCCCACGACGGAAAGGAGCACCGCUUCAUGGUCUAAUGCUACUGUCUGCUGUCCCAAAUGCGUUUUAGUUGUCUCAGUUCUCUCAGCCAGUGUUGCUCUGUCCUUACACGGGGCCAUUCCUUGGUGCCGGCCCACCCCAGUGUCAUCCGGAGGCACGGCCGGGUCUGUGUCACGUGUGCAUGCUUCUCGCUCAUGCCACCUGUCGAUUCUGAGGCACGCACACCGCUCUCCAGGAUAUGGCCAUUCUGUCACUGGGUAGCUUUUCCCUGCCAGCGAUGGGAAGGAAAAGCCAGUGGUACCUGGGAACGCUCAUGUUGCUUGGUGCAACAGAGGCCAGAAAAAUCAAUAAACACUGUGAUUGCACUCCCAGCCCAGGCCAGCACUGCCAGCCAUCUGAACCCCUUUCCCAGGGGCCGCUAGAGGCUGACGCUGGGCAUUGAGGUAACGUGACAGUCCUCAGUAUUGGAAUGAUCUCCCCAAACACACUAUUGUUUACCAAGAAGAUUCUGUGUUUACAUGUUUUUUUUUUUCUUCUGGUGAUUGCUAGGAAAUCUCUCAAUCCAGUUUCCUAGAGUUUAACAACCACCUUCUUUAUUAGCACCCAACUGAUUUGAGAUUAAUGAGAAAAUAUUUUAAAAAGUUCCUUGUAGAAAAUAGUUUUCCAGAUGCCUAGCCUUCUGAAGUGCUUAUUAUAUCCUGCUUAAAUGAUAGUGUAUUUCGUAGUUUAAAGUAAAAGUCAUCACUCCUUAAGGUCUAGUGAAUAUAAUUAUCCAGUCAUUGUAACUAAUCUCUUAAAGAGACCUUUGUGAUGAAGAGCUGAGUUUGGAAGCAUAGCAUAUACCUAAAAUGAAGACUACAUAUCUUUUUGUUUCAGAAAGACCUCUCCCUUACAGAAACUUCACAACCACAGUCCCUAUAUAUAAGACAUAUGUCAGUUAUCAUGUAAUAGAAUUCAGCCUUCAAAUUACUACGGAUCAGUUAAAGAAAAACUAAGGAGGCAUUUAUUUUAAAAGAGUAGCCUAGAAAAUUAAUAGCUAUAGCACAAAUGUUCAAGAAUGUAUAUAAAACUGAGAGGGCCCUCAACCAACUUGCUUAAGCAAAGAUGGCAAUGAGGGUGUUCCUCAUGCUUCUUAGUAAGCUCUCGUAGAUCACAUUCUUCUCCUUAUGUCACUUUAUGUUGGUUCUUGCUCAUGAUACUCAAAGAAAUUGUAAAAUGCUUUGUAUGAACUGCUCCUAAUAAACCUUGAUCUCUGUGUAGUUGGGGGAUUGGGCUAUCUGGUUGGUUGUUGCUUCGUUGAUUGGUUACUUGGGCAAAAUGAUUUAUUAAAUGCAAAAAGUGAAAAAAGUGGUUUAUUAUGUUUCAGAGAAAAUAUGUGAUGUUUACAGAGGAACCAAAGCUAUAACUGUGAGCAUUUGAUCUAAAAAGCAUAGAUUGUCUGAAUUUAUGUGGUGUACACAAAAGCACUAUCGAGAUUCAGGAACAAAUACAGCUGUAAUUUUACUGAGACAGAUUUUUAAAGAACAUAUUAAGAAAUUAAGAACUCCAGAAACGCCUCUUUCAUAUCACUAUGAAGUACGUUAUUUCUACUGAUGGCAAACCUGUACUAUUUCUCGGUUUUAGAUGUCGGGUGUUCUUUCAGAAGUGAACUUAUGCCACCUGCAUGUACAGUGUAUUUAUAAAGAUUAUAUAUGUAGUUUCCAAGGCAGAAACAAAGAAUUAUACAGUGUAGACAUUGUUUGGCGAAUAUGUGGUUGUGUUCAGUAUAGACAGAGAGCCAUGAAGUAAAUGGAAAGGUACGCUGUCUUUUUCCAGUGAGCUCCCAGGUCUUCUCUGUACUCAGCACAUGUUUACUUCAUGAACUUAAAUGAAAAUUAAUUUAUUCUAGACUAUAAAACUAUCUGGAAUGGUGAAAUGAGUAUAUUUCUUAAAGCUUUUUUCUGUUUUUUUUUAUUAUUAUUAUUUUAUUCUUAAAAUUUCUAUGUGUCAAGAAAAAGGUGUGGGACCAGUAGGCAGGCCACCACAAAUGCAGGCAUGGCAUACCCCAUGGAGACUGGACUACGCUGGGGGAGGGGGUGUGGAGGAACAAACCCUUCCUGGGCCAAGCAGCCUUUCACACAUGGUCUGUGCAGACAGCCAAGGUGAUGGGCCGGUAGAGCAGUACGAUUGUAAAACUCUAUGGGGGUUGGUAUUUGAAGUUAGACAGACAUCUCUAACUACUAAACUUAUAUUUGCAUUCUUGUUAACAUAAAUCUCUCCUUGGCUGUUUUGAAAACCACAGUCCCAAACUUCAUCCUAGCUUAGAUUUCUCACGCCGAGAUAUACUUUCUAUUGUCAUCCCAGUGUAUGCUUUUAGUGUUUUAUUGAUUUCGUUGGCACUGUAUUUGCACCUGUCCUUGUAAAUGUAGACACAUAUGUGGCUUCAUUGGUAAUUUACAAGCAAAAGAUGACAUGACAUGACACCUGUAUGGAAAUGUAAUGAUUGAACUCACUGUGUAGAGCAAGUGAAUUAAAAUGUCUACCCCUUAAGACAUUUUUUGAUGACUCCACUUACUAAAUUCUGUAUGUGCUGAGCGUACCUGUGUACAUAUGUGUGUUAAAUAAAACUGAAUUGUACUGAA